AUGGGUGUCCAUGGACUCACGACGUAUCUGCGCGAGAACAACCAUCUGCUCUCCCGGUCGCUCAGCCUCCCCCUCUCCCAGCCUGGCCCGAAUACCGUCUCGCUUGUCGUUGACGCCUGGUCGUUCAUCUAUGAGGUCAUCCACUGCGCCGACCUUCCCUGGGUGUAUGGAGGGGAGUAUACACGACUCGAGAGCCUUGUAGGAGAUGUCGUGCGGGCGUGGCUAGCCGUUGGCCUCGAACUCCAUUUUGUCUUUGAUGGCCCGUACCCCGAGCUCAAAUUCCCAACGGUACUCUCCCGCAUGACGCACACGAAUAUCCAAGCCGGCCUCAUCUUCUUCCGCACAUCACCCACUGCACGCUCCCAGCCCCGCUUCCUCCGCGAGACUGCGAUGCUGCCCCCACUCGCCUACUCCGUUUGUGUCGACGCGCUUCUCCGCCUUGCCUCGUCCUCUUCUCCUCCUCCCUCCGACUCUCCAGCUCACAGAGCACGACUGUUCGUGCACUUCGCGGACGAAGAGGGAGACCCGUACGCUGUGGCACUCGCCGCUCGACUGGGCGGGUACGUCGCGGGAAAAGACUCGGAUUUUGUUGUCCUCAACGCCGAAGGAUAUCUUGGCUACGUCCCACUCGACGAGAUUGUGUGGACGGCCACGGUCGCGACCCCCGACAUGGAGGGAAGCGUCUACGCGGCCUCAUCCGUCGCGGACACAGAAUACGCCGAAGACGAUGACGGAUUCCAAGUCGUAAAGAAAGGAAAGAAGGGGAAAUCAAAGGUUCGGAAGCCCUCAACCGCGCCCGACGGCCCAACGACCAUCGUCGCCGGACGCGGUAUCCUCCCUCCCUCCGCGCUCCCGGCGUCCUCCUCCGACCUUGGACCCAUCGACCCCGCACAACUCUCGCUCACCAUCUACGUCUACGCCCCCGCGACGCUCGCAACGCACCUCUCCAUCCCCGUCUCGCUCCUCCCCCUCCUCGGCGCCCUCCUCGGGAACGACUUCACCGCCGGGCCCACGCCCUCCCCGGGAGACGACAGCCCCGCGCCCUCGCCGGCCACGACCGCCGAGAUCCGCUCGCGCGGGCGGGCGAACAACCUCCAGCGGCUCUUCUUCAACCGCCAGCUCACCCUCCCGCAGCGCAUCAGCCGCGUCGCCUCCACGCUCUCCGGUCUGCUCGCGUCCGCGGUCGGCACCGUGGGCGCGGGCGCGCGGAAGCGCGGCCGGAAGAUCGGGAGCGUGAUGGAGCUCAUCGACGCCGCGGUGGCCGCGCUGCUCGUCCGACCGCUGGACACGUUCGCGACGGGCGAGCGCGAGGCCGUCGUCGAGCGCAUUGCGGAGGCGACGCUCCAGUACGCGAUCCCACGCCCCACAGACGACGGUGGGGACGCUGGCGCCGCGGGCGGUUGGGCGUCCGCCGCGUGUGCGCUGCACGCGGUCGAGGCGUGCCCGCUCGUCGCCGGGCUCUCGCGUGUCGUGAACGCACGCGCGGAGGAGCGAGAGGAAGGCGGGCGUGGGCGCUGUGCGGCGAAUGCGGGCGCAGACUGGUCGCAGACGAUUCGGACGCGGUAUGUGGAGGCGUACCGCGCUGGGCGGCUCGACCCACACGCGCUCGACGCCGUCGUAUCGGGGACGAGCUGGCCCCGGAUGUUUUUGGAGGACCCGGACAAGGAGACGGUCACACGGAGCGUGGGGCGACCGCUUCGCAGGUGGAUGUGGGCGGUGUUGGAUGCGGGGGUCGGGCUUCCAGUGCCACCGCCUGUUCAGGAGAACGAGGAAGAUGAAGCACAUGAGGAUGAUGAUGAGGAAGAUGAAGAUGAGCUGAUCGACGUGGAAGAAGGCGAGUCCGAAGAGGAAGAGGAUGAAGAGGGGGAGGAUCCGCUCGCGCGGCUGCGCGGCGCACUGCAAGACCUGGAUGGGGAAGGGCAAGCUUCCUUGUGCCGGACCAACAAACCCUUUGGACAAGAUAAACAGAACCACACUCGCGCCAACGGCUCGUCGAUUCGGCGGCCCACCAAGGUCAUCACGGAAUACGUGCGGCGCGGGACACGAAUGGCCCCUGAGGAGGUCACAGCCUCCUCCCUCGACGCGUUGCUCCAGGAGACACCCCUCGGACCCCCAAUACACGUCCCCAGCGAACCGGAUGGGACAAGCCCACCCCCACAACUCUGGCCCCGUGACGCUCGUCUCGCGGUGUUCCGCGCCGCCGCUGGAGAAACCGCCACCACGGCGCUGGAGGGCGUGGAUGACGGCGACCUCCUCGCCGUGCUUGGCGUGCGCUACGUCGUCCGGCUCAUGGAUGCGCGCGCACGGGAGAACCCGGUGAAGGAGCGCAUCCAAGAGCGGUGGACCGAGGCGGAGGCGCGUGCAGUCCUCACGUGCCUCACGUCGUCCGCCGAAUUGGACGAGGGUGCAGGGGAGGACGGAGCGGAACGGGUGGAGGUGAAGGAGCGGCACGUCCAGCUCGUCGUGCAGACGCAGACGGCGCUCGACGCGCUCGAGCAGCUCGCGCAGGUCCUGCUUCUCGACGAGAGGAAGGUGAUGGUCGCUCCAGGGAGGGUCUUCUCGGGCGCGCGGUGCCAUGCGAUCCUCGGCGGACGGGCUGCAGUGGGCGCAGUACGAGAGGAGGUAUGGACGGCGUGCAAAUCGGGCCUGGGAGGUGCGUUCGCGCCUCCUCCGCAGAAGCGGGCGAAGGACAAGAAGAAGGCGGUCAACCCUGGUGUGCAGGAGAAACCGCGCGGGAAGCCGGCUGGGAAGGCGGGAUUAUUUGCAAUGCUAGGGGACGCAUCGGCAUGA